GCCUCCCAAAGUGCUGGGAUUACAGGCUUGAGCCACCGCGCCCGGCCUUGCACUCUUGAUUUUUAAACCACACAGAAGGAAAGGAAAUCAUGGGCCUGAACGAAGCUCCAGGCCUCACUGGGAGGGAAGAAGGACCCCCAACCACACAGCCUAAGGCUGCGGAAGCACCAAGGUGGUUAAAGAGUGAGUGCCUGUCUAGGCAAAAUCUGCUAUUGAUGUUUUUUGUUUUUUGUUUUUUUAAAAAAAGAGUGAGUGCCCGAUGAUGCCAGAUUCUUCACCUGAAGUGAACCCUCUCACAACAGAGCUGGGCCGUGGGCAUCAUAAACCCCAUUUCGCAGGUUCAGGAGGAGCUUCAAGGAAAUCCAAAGAUUGUCCCAGUCUCUACCAAGUGGUGGAUUUAGACCUGGCAUGACUCCAUUCCAAAUCUCACCCUUGUUCCACUGUUCCACAGGACCUCCCAUUCCUGAGGGAGCCUGGACACGGGCAAAUGCUCAGCCCAGGAGGUUGAGGUUACAGUGAGCUAUGAUCGCACCACUACAGUCUAGCCUGGGCAUGGGCAAUAGGGAGAGACCCUCUGUCUGAAAAAAAUAAAAAUAUUCAUUUUGGAAGGAAGUAAUUCUAAAAUGUUAUACUUGUCUUCAGCAUAUCUGCAAUAUAAUAAAAUUUUUCUGAAUAGCUGAGGAUCAUUCAUAGAAACCAGUGGCUUUUCUCCAGCAGUAUCUCCUGACACUGUAACUGUAGGAGUAUGGGGAGCUAUUUGCUUUUAUGCUAAAUGACCUCAGACCACUUAUAAAAUGCAUAUGAGUGCAUUAAAUGUUUUUUUAUGUGUGGUGUUACCUCCCUGGCUACAGGGGUCACUUGCUACUCUAAAUGUGUUUCUAAUCUACUAGUACAGGAGCACACAUGGACACAUUAAAAUUGUGCAUAGAAGUAAGGAUAAGUAGGCCAUGAUUUAGGACUGGAGAAUCUACCCAGUGAGUAAAGUGUAUGAAUAUUUUAGCUGCUAAGGGGUCCUUUCUGCUCCCUCAAACCCUGUACUGUUGCCCUGUAGUUGACCUCCAGAUAAGUGAACUGUCACUGCAUAUUGUUCCCAAGAUGAUUAUUUGCCUCUUCCAUUGGAAAAGUCUGCUGAGGACUGCGGUAUAGACUGUUCCCAAUAAUAGGAGACAGUUGGAAUAUUUAAGAGAAGGAAAGCAGCAUAGUGUAGAAAUAAAAAAUCUUUGGCACUGGAAAGAUGUGGGUGGGAUUCCUGGUGUUCCCAUUUUCCAGCUGCAGGAUUGCUUUAGGGACAGGCCACCUACCUACCAUGUGAGCCUUGGGGUCAAGAAAAUGAAAGGAGAUGAUGUAGGAAAGUGCUUAGCACAGCAUCUGGCAAAAACAGGGCACGGAAAGGAAAUCAGAAUGUGUUUUUGGGAGCUUAAGGGUGUCAGGAAGGAGGACAAGCAGGAAAGGGGCAGGAGAAGAAACCUGAAAGGAAAGGGAACAGGGCAGAAAAGGAACAGUAAGAUAUGUGCUAUCUGGGCUUCCUCAAACAGCCAGACAUCAUCCAUUGUGUAUCUGCCUUGCAUAGCCCAGAAAGCCUGGCAGCUUCACCAAAAAACAUGAACAGUGGGGUAGGGCAGUUGGGAGGUAACCGGCGCUCUCCCUCUGCCCACUUAAGACUGGGAACUUCGUGUUUGAGAUAGCUAGCUUUGUCUGGCCCCUUUUUCCUGCUCUGAUUAUUGUUGGCUUGGUGGGCCUGGCAGGGAGAGAAGGUGGAGGAGCCUCCACAAUGGUUUGCUCUUACCCAAACUUAGUGGUAAAAUAAAGCUGCCCAAAUGAAGCAGCUGUAUUUCCUUCCUUAGAGCAUCUGCCUAGAGGCUGGGAAAUGGGUACUUUCGUGGCUCUUGGCCCAGAAGAGGCAGGAUGGAGAAGGAGAAGGUAGCAGGCUGGCUGUGCCUCAGUGCCCACACUUCUUUUGACCUAUAUCUCGUUUUUCAAACCAGCUUUUAGUCUUUCUGCCUCUUCUUGUGCAGCCACUGAGCACGCUCUUUAAGCUGGACACUGGGCUAGUGGGCUGGAAAUACAAGAGACAAAUGAUGCAUAGUCCUGGCUGCUGGAGAAAGAGCUUCACCUCCCGAGGUCCCUGCCUUCUCCCACCCUCAGCUCCCUUACCCAUGACACCCCCAGUAACCCUUGUCUGUUCUGCCCCCUGACUGUUCUGUCAUGCCUCAACCAGGCUCUGCAGUGUGUAUGCUUCCAGAGGGAAGCGACACAAAAGAAAGGGAGGGGGCGCGGAAAGGAGGGAAUCCCGCUGACAUCACUGCUCAUUAGCAUGUGUGACCUCAUCGGGGGGUGGGACAAUUUCCCCAGGUGUCUUGGGGGGAGGGCAUGUGUGUUGGGGGGUGGUAUUUAAAGGGAAAAGCUGACAGUGCUGCUGAGUGAGGGAGCGGGUGCUGCGAGCCGCUGGGCUGCACACGCACACGCACACCGAUGCACACGGACCUGGACACCGACAUGGACAUGGACACAGAAACCACAGCACUCUGCCCCUCUGGCAGCCACCGGGCCUCCCCUCCAGGGACGCCCACGCCAGAAGCAGAUGCCACAUUGCUGAAGAAUCCAGAGAAACUGUUGGCAGAGUUGGACCGGGGCGGGUUACCCUCUGCCCCUGGGGCCCCCAGACGAAGAGGCAGUAUGCCUGUCCCUUACAAGCACCAGCUCCGGCGGGCCCAGGCAGUAGAUGAACUUGACUGGCCACCUCAGGCCUCAUCCUCUGGCUCCUCUGACUCAUUGGCCUCAGGAGAGGCACCCCCUGCUCAAACGGAUGGCAUCUUCAAGGUCAUGCUAGUGGGGGAGAGUGGCGUGGGCAAGAGCACUCUAGCAGGCACUUUUGGUGGUCUCCAGGGAGACAGCGCUCAUGAACCGGAGAACUCAGAGGAUACCUAUGAGAGACGCAUCGUGGUGGAUAAGGAAGAAGUGACUCUAGUCGUUUAUGACAUCUGGGAACAGGGGGAUGCAGGAGGGUGGCUGCGGGACCACUGCCUUCAGACCGGGGACGCCUUUCUCAUCGUCUUCUCAGUCACGGACCGACGGAGCUUCUCCAAAGUUCCAGAGACACUACUUAGGCUCCGGGCUGGGAGGCCGCACCACGACCUACCAGUUAUCCUCGUUGGAAACAAGAGCGACUUGGCCCGCUCCCGGGAAGUAUCACUGGAGGAGGGCCGCCACCUGGCCGGGACGCUGAGCUGCAAGCACAUCGAGACGUCGGCCGCACUUCACCACAACACGCGGGAGCUCUUCGAGGGCGCGGUGCGCCAGAUUCGGCUGCGGCGAGGCCGGAACCGCGCCGGGGGCCAGAGGCCCGAGCCGGGCAGCCCCGAGGGCCCUGCACCGCCAGCACGCCGCGAGAGCCUCACCAAGAAGGCCAAACGGUUCCUCGCCAACCUGGUGCCGCGCAACUCCAAGUUCUUCAAGCAGCGCUCCAGGUCGUGUCACGACCUCUCGGUGCUCUGAGCCGCGGUCGCCAUGGCCACCGCGGUCGCCAUGGUCACCGCACCCUCCGCUCGCCCCCUCGCCUCGCCCCGCCCCCGUCCGGCUUCCCGGGUGGAGGCCUUCUAGGAAACCAAAAACUCCCAGGAUGCCCCGGUGGGACCUCCGGGGGCGGUCCGAGUCCGCUGGGCGGCACCUCUACGCCUGCCUCGACGCGUUCUCCGAACCGUCGGGCCCCAGGGCGCCUAGAAGGCGAGGACGCAGACCUGAGGGCGGCCGGUGAGCGGGGCGGGUUCUACUGGGUCGGGAAGAAAAAUAAUUCUGCAAGGUAUUUUGUUUUUUAUUAAUUCGCGCUUGGCCACCUCGUCUGUAAAGAGAUACUAAAAGCGAGAUCUUGAAAAGUGCUUUGUAGACUCCUUGACGGAGUUUGCCUCCUUUGUACGCUGCGUGAACAUGCCUUACCUUUAAGAGAGUCUUAAAGGUAAAGACACCGAGACCCCUCUCUUCCAAGGACCUUCCCGAAAACGUUCUGGCUCUGGUCUACCGCAUUUGUCCACUUUGCCUUUAAGGAGUUCUUAAAGGUAAGGGCCUGGAAGCUCUGUUAUUGAGACUGAUUCUCUGACUUACCAGUCCACCACCCCACUUCCCCUUUAAAGUUAUUAAAGGUAAGAGGUGGACACACUUUCUGCAUUCAGAUGCUGAGCAGGGGCAACCCCUUUUAGCCAGGGCCCAGGAGGCACCAGCAAGGGGCCACCCUUUCCCUUUUAAAUAAAUAAUUUUUGUACUGCAUC